AUGAGACAAAGUGCCGGAAGAGUAGCGCUCAAACGCGGCAUUUCAGCCGUCCGCGCUCCAUCUUAUGCUCGUGUGGGCAUGCUGCGGCUUUACAGUGCCAGCGCAGUGCCUAAUCCACACAAAAACCAAACUAGACCCAAACCGGCUCCCAGCUUCGACAUGGAGCCCACCAAGGCCGUAGACGGUGCUAGACUGCGCUCCAAAAACGCCAAUGCUGAGGACAGCCAGUCUCAAACCCCUGGAAUGGACGACUCUUUCAUCGGGCUAACUGGUGGUCAGAUCUUCCACGAAAUGAUGCGCAGACAUAACGUCGACACCGUCUUUGGUUACCCCGGUGGUGCCAUUUUGGCCGUUUACGAUGCAAUUUACAAUAGUAAAUACUUCAACUUCGUGCUACCCAAGCACGAACAAGGUGCUGGUCAUAUGGCAGAAGGUUAUGCUCGCGCCAGUGGCAAGCCCGGUGUUGUCCUUGUGACUUCGGGCCCAGGUGCAACAAAUGUUAUCACACCUAUGGCCGAUGCCCUUGCUGAUGGUGUGCCCAUGGUUGUGUUCACCGGUCAAGUGGCCACCUCAUCUAUCGGUACGGACGCUUUCCAAGAAGCCGAUGUUAUUGGUAUUUCCAGACCAUGUACUAAAUGGAACGUCAUGGUCAAGACUAUUGACGAGCUACCCCGUCGUAUCAACGAGGCCUUCGAAAUUGCUGUUAGCGGUAGACCAGGACCUGUGCUAGUUGACCUUCCCAAAGACGUAACAUCUGCUGUUUUGAAGACCCCGAUCCCUGUAAAUACUACGCUACCUUCCAAUGCGCUAGCUAAGCUCACAAGGACUGCUACCCACGAAUUUACUACCGCAAACCUUCAACAUGCAGCCGACUUGAUAAAUAUUGCUAAAAAGCCUUUGCUAUAUGUUGGUGGUGGCAUCUUUGGGUCCGAAAAGGGCCCAGAGCUUCUACGUGAACUCAGUGAUCGCGCCCAGAUCCCUGUUACCACCACUAUUCAAGGUCUCGGUGCCUUCGAUCAAACUGACUCGAAAUCUUUGGAUAUGUUAGGUAUGCAUGGCUCUGCGUUUGCUAACCUGUCGGUGCAAGACGCCGAUUUGAUCAUUGCGUUGGGUGCCCGUUUCGAUGAUCGUGUUACCGUAAACGUGUCGAAGUUUGCCCCAGAAGCCCGUAGAGCUGCUCUCGAAAACAGAGGCGGUAUAAUUCAUUUUGAAAUUUCUCCAAAGAACAUCAACAAGGUUGUUGAAGCUCAAGUAGCUGUUGAAGGUGAUGUAAGCGACAACCUGGAAAGGUUACUACCUUUGAUUAACUCGGUAGAGUCUCGCAAGAGCUGGUUCGACAAGAUUGACGCUUGGAAAAAAGAAUACCCUUAUGACUACCAGAGAGAAACCACUGGUUCCAAGAUUAAGCCACAAACCGUUAUUGCCAGACUCUCUGAGAUUUCUGGCGAGACCGGCAAGGAUGUCAUCGUGACGACUGGUGUAGGUCAACAUCAAAUGUGGGCUGCUCAACACUGGACAUGGAAAUACCCCCGUACUUUCAUCACCUCUGGUGGUUUAGGUACCAUGGGAUAUGGUCUACCUGCCGCCAUAGGUGCGCAGAUUGCCAAGCCUGAUGCUUUGGUCAUCGAUAUCGAUGGUGAUGCUUCUUUCAACAUGACUUUGAUGGAACUGUCCAGUGCCGUCCAAGCCGGUGCUCCCGUUAAAAUCAUGAUUCUAAACAACGAAGAGCAAGGUAUGGUAACCCAGUGGCAGUCUCUAUUCUACGAGAACCGUUAUUCUCACACUCAUCAGCUGAACCCAGAUUUUGUUAAGCUAGCCGAUGCCAUGGGCCUAAAGGGUAUGAAACUCGAACAACAAAAGGACAUGGACUCGACGCUGAGGGAGUUUGUUAACACCGAAGGACCUGUUCUUCUAGAAGUAAUUGUGGAAAAGAAGGUUCCUGUACUACCAAUGGUGCCCGGUGGUAAGGGCUUGCACGAGUUCAUCAACUUCGACGCCGAAACUGAAAAAAACAAAACAAGCUACGUUUUGAACGUACGGGUGGCAAGCACUAAUGGUGCAGUUUUCCGUAGAUAUUGCAUUCUUCAAGUUGCUUGGCAUUCCUUUAUUUGCAAGAAAAUGUUGAGUACUUGUUCAAAAAACUGCCAACGCGGCACUUAA